GGCGAGCGGCGGCAGCGGGCUCCCAGUUCUGGCUGUGCAGGGCCUGCAGCCGAGGGGAGGCUGAGCGGGGCCUCGGCCCGGAGCGCGCGGGGGAGCCGGCGGCGGCGGACGGCUGGAGGAAGCGGCGGCCGCCAAGUCCAGAGCGGUGCUCGCCAUGGCGGGCGGGCCCCCCAAGGCCCUGCCGUCCACGGGGCCCCAGUCCCUGCGAGACGUGCAGCACCCGCUGGCCGGCUCCAGUAGCGAGGAGGCCAUGGGUGGCGACAGCACGCCCAGCCCGGACCUGCUGAUGGCCCGCAGCUUCGGUGACAAGGAUCUCAUUUUGCCCAAUGGUGGGACUCCAGCAGGCACUUCCAGCCCGGCAUCUUCAUCUUCCCUGCUCAACAGACUUCAGCUGGAUGAUGACAUAGACGGCGAGACCAGAGACCUCUUUGUCACAGUCGAUGACCCCAAGAAGCAUGUCUGCACGAUGGAGACCUACAUCACGUAUAGGAUCACUACCAAAAGUACUCGGGUGGAGUUUGACCUGCCGGAAUAUUCUGUCCGUCGCAGAUACCAGGAUUUUGACUGGUUAAGAAGCAAACUCGAAGAAUCCCAGCCCACGCAUCUCAUUCCCCCACUUCCUGAGAAGUUUGUGGUGAAAGGCGUCGUGGAUCGCUUCUCCGAGGAGUUUGUGGAGACCAGAAGAAAAGCGUUGGAUAAGUUCCUGAAAAGAAUUACGGAUCACCCCGUGCUCUCUUUCAAUGAGCACUUUAACGUCUUCCUGACAGCGAAGGACCUGAAUGCCUACAAGAAGCAAGGCAUGGCCCUGCUGACCCGAGUGGGCGAGUCCGUCAAGCACGUCACUGGGGGCUACAAGCUGAGGAGUCGGCCUCUGGAGUUUGCAGCCAUCGGCGAGUACUUGGAUACAUUUGCUCUCAAACUGGGAACCAUUGACCGGAUAGCCCAGCGGAUCAUCAAAGAAGAGAUAGAGUACCUUGUGGAGCUGAGGGAAUACGGACCUGUGUACUCCACGUGGAGCGCGCUGGAGGGGGAGCUGGCCGAGCCCUUGGAGGGCGUGUCGGCCUGCAUCGGGAACUGCUCUACCGCCUUGGAGGAGCUGACAGAUGACAUGACUGAGGACUUUCUGCCCGUGCUCAGGGAAUACAUCUUGUACUCUGACUCCAUGAAGAGUGUCCUGAAGAAGAGGGACCAAGUUCAAGCAGAAUAUGAAGCCAAAUUGGAAGCUGUGGCACUGAGAAAGGAAGACCGUCCCAAGGUACCAGCUGAUGUGGAGAAGUGUCAGGACCGGAUGGAGUGCUUCAAUGCUGACCUGAAGGCCGACAUGGAGAGGUGGCAGAACAACAAGAGGCAGGACUUCCGGCAGCUGCUUGUGGGGAUGGCUGACAAGAACAUCCAGUAUUAUGAGAAGUGCCUCAUGGCGUGGGAGUCAAUCAUUCCACUGCUGCAGGAGAAGCAGGAGGCCAAGUGAGCACCUUGUGGGUACAGAGACUCAGCUACCCACACAGGACGCGGCACCCCAGGCUGGAAUGUCCCCACAGUGCCAGAAAGGCGGCGUCGGCAAGCAACCACAGAAACCUCUCUCCCUUGUGUUCUUCUCCCUACCCCCUUCACCCCACAGUUGUUUUCAAUUCAUAUUUAUUCCCUGGUGGGGUCUAAGACCACCAAGCAUCUCAGCAGAAGCAGCAUACCUCCAUGCUGUGAAGGAAUCGAGGAGACAGAACUAGAGACCUGGAACCAAGGGACGCCAUGGCCUGCGACGGGGAAUCCCGUAUCUCAUGAUGAUGUCCCAUUUGGACAGCCGAGCGGCCCACUAUGGGGGACAGUCUGGGCCUUGCUUUUCCAGGACUGGAAAGAGGCAUGAACAUGAGGAAGCUGUUGCUUUCUUUUCACACGCAGUGGCCCUAGAGUUGACCUCGACUGGCCUCAGCAUAGAAGCGGGUGUUGACACCUCCGUGGCAAGUCCUGAAACAGCCUAUGGCCUAUAGCUGUCGAAUGUGAUCUGCUGCCUGCCUGUGCCGAGUGCUGAAUGCCAGCUGUUUGGUUCCUUCUGCUUCACACAGGACUGUCGGCAUCAGUGUGUCCACCUGCAGCCAUGCUUGAGCAGGCAAGCCAGUGUCCUUGUCCUGUGUGGUGCCUCGGGAAGCUCAGGUGAAUGCUGUGGGAACUUGAUUCUGACACCACAAUGCCAUAGAUGAGCAACUCUUCAUUGUGUGUAAAGUGAAAAAGAAAAUGGUG